AUGUUCAAAUUAAACAGAGAUAUUCUUUACCUAAUAUUAAAAGAAUUACAAGAUGAUAAAAAAUCAUUUUAUAAAUGUCUUUUAGUUAAUAGAACUUGGAGUGAAAUUAUUAUUCCAAUAUUAUGGAAAAAUCCUUGGAAAUAUUUAAAGAAAGGAAAUGAAAAAUUAUUAUUAAAUGUGAUUAUUUCACAUUUAUCAGAAGAAUCAAGAAAUAAUUUAAUGUUAAUUUUAAGUGGACAUUAUAAUUAUUUAAAAGGUUCAUAUCAAAAACCUUUAUUCGAUUAUAUUAGUUUUUGUAAACAUUUAAAUUUAAAUGAAAUUAAAAGAAUAAUUGAUGUUAUUCCGGAUAAAAUAUAUGAAAUUUCAAUUAUUAGAAAUGAAAUAUUAAAACUUUUUAUUAAUGAAAAUAGAGUUUUUACACAUCUUUAUAUACCUCAUCAAUUUGAUUAUCAAAUACAUCUUAUCCCUGGAGCCAAAGUUUGUCUGUCAGAACUUCAAUUACUUCGUUGUCAUACUACAAUAGAUGACAAGAUUUUAACUGGAUUAUCAGAAAUAUGUAAAUCAAUUAAAAAAUUGGAACUUUUUAUUGGAUGGUCUAAUAAUAAGUAUGGGAUUGUUAAAUUAAUUGAAAAUCAAAAAAAAUUAUUUGAUAUUCGUCUAAAUUAUUAUUAUUCAAGAGCUAAUGAAUCAUUUUUUGAAGUUCUUGAAAAUUCAUUAAUUAAAUAUUCAAAUAAUAUACAAAGUUUUAAGUUAACUAAACAACCUAUAACAAAUAUUCUUUCGUCUUUUGUAAAUUUAAAAAGAUUAGAAUUACAUGAUGGUUUUCAUUAUAUGCCAUGGAAUUGUUUGGAGAAUUUAUCUUUACCUUUCUUACAAGUAUUAAGAGCUAUAGGAAUUCCAGUUAAAGUUUUAAUAAGUCUAAUUGAAAAUACAAGUGGUCAUCUUAUUGAAAUAAAAAUUGAUGAUACAAUUUAUAGUGGAAUUAAUAAUGCAAUGCUUAUUCAGGCUAUAUAUAAAAAUUGUCCAAAUUUAAGUUAUCUUAAAUUAUUAAUUAAAAUAUCAAAUAAAUUAGAAUUUGAAAAAUUAUUAAUUAAUUGUCAAUAUUUAAAUGGAUUAUUCUUAAUUUUAGAAAGUUAUAAUGAUCAAAGUAAUAUUUAUGAUGGUUUAUUAAAGAUUUUGGCUAAAUCAUCACCAACUAAUUUAUUUAAAUUUAAAUUUAAAUUUUGUUAUAAUCAUAAUUUUAAAUCAGAUUCUUUAAAAUUAUUUUUUGAUGAUUGGAAAGGAAGACAUCCUAUGUUAUUACAAUUUGCAUUAAAUGAUGAUUAUGAUGAUUUAAUAGAAAAAUAUAAAGCAGAAGGAAUAAUUAAAAGAUAUGAUAAUAAGGCUUCUUAUGAUGAUUUUGAAUGGAUCGAAAAGAGAGUUUAAAUCUAUCAUCAUAAGGUAGGAAUACAAUUAUUGAAUCAAUUUAUUAGUAGAAAUUUAUAUUUGAGCACGAAAUACUAAUAAUACCAUAGGAAGUACUAGGAAGGAAAUUUUUAUUAUUUAGUUGUUUUUAAAUUUGUAAAUGAAACUCUUUAUCUUUCUUUAAUAAAUUACUCAUUUUAUAUUAUG